ACGCAAACCCAAGCAAAAUAAAGAUGAAAUACCUAGCAGUUUUGGCGCUACUCUGCUGCUUUUUGGGAUCAGCCUUGGCGGCUUUGAAAAACCCAAUCUGUGGCGAGGAGUUCGGCGUCCUUGGUAAUUGCCGUUCCAUUCAAAACAAGUGGACCUAUCGCAGGGAUACCAACGAGUGCAUCAGCUUCAAUUACUCCGGCUGCCAAGGAAACAAUAAUCUAUUCGACAAGAAGGCCGAAUGCGAAAAGGCCUGCAAAAUUUAA